AUGCCGGUUCCUCAGUCUGCUAUCAUCGCAAGUAUCGGAGGCUCCGUUGCCGGCCUGCUCCAGGGCCUUCAAUUGAAACGCCAGGGUGCCAACGUGACUGUGCUGGAGCAAGAUCCUUCGAGUGACCGUCACAGCCACGAGUCGGGAGUUUCAAUCGGCCCUACCGUCGUCAAAUUACUUCAAGAGUACGAUGCCACCGGUAGACCAGCAGCAAUCCCCGCGCGCUAUCUCAGUGCUGCAUCAAGCAAGUGGCCUCGCAUUGCCAGUGUUAACUGGAAGCACAACAUGAGCAACUGGGGCUGUCUUUACUUGAUCCUCCGAGCCAACUUUGAUGGGAUGUCAUCUAACACUGUUCCUCAGCCACCGGCCCCAAGACCUACGGAUGGCGCCGUGGUAUAUCACGCAGGCAAAAAGGCGACAGGGGUGAGCUAUAACUCGGAGAAAGAUAUGAUGACCGUGAACUACGUCGACUCCGUUACUGGGGAUAGUGGCACAGUCAGUGCAAGCAUUGUCAUUGCUGCCGAUGGGGUCCACUCAACAAUUCGGAAGAUCAUGCAAAUUCCGACGCGAAAGGACUACGCCGGGUAUAUCGCAUGGCGUGGGACCGUCCCCGAGCGGCUAUUGUCAAAGGCGACCGUGGAUUAUUUCUCAAAUCGGCUCAACUUUACUCUUUUGAAGUGUACAUAUUUCAUCAGCUAUCUCAUCCCAACCGAAGCUGGCAACGUCGAGCCCGGAAACCGACUUGUGAACUGGGUCUGGUACUUUGUUGUUCCUGAGAACUCUGCAGAAAUGGAUUCCAUUUUCACCGACAUCCACGGGAAGCUUCACCCUAACACAGUACCGCACGGAAAGAUCAAGCCGGAAAUUUGGUCUGAACAGAUCGCUCGACAUGUUUCUCAGAUGACUACACCCCUUGCUGAGAUUGUAACCAAGACCCCCCGACCGUUCGUUACGAAAGUGGGAGACGCGGAGGCGGCUGCUGCGAGCUUCUAUGACGGCAGACUGGUACUUGUCGGCGAUGCGUACACCGGUUUUCGGUCGCAUCUAGGAAUGGCUUCCGAGCAGGCAGCACGGCAUUGUCUUCAGAUGAACAGAGUAUGGCAUGGUGAGAUCACGCAGGAGCAGAGAGAUCGGGAGGCAAGAUUUUACUCCAGAAGAUUUCUGUUACUCAAUCGUAUGAUUGGGCUAACUGGCCUCGGGCUCAUGUGGGAGGUCUUCAAGAUUGCGAUCACCUACUUGUUGUUAUACGCAGAGUAUAUCUUCUCUUAG